AUGGAAGGCGUCCGCAUCCUCGAAGCCGUCCGCGACUCCCGCGCCCUGAACCCCCUGAAGUGCGAAAAAGUGCCCGGGACGAUGCUCCGGCUGGUCCCCGGCCUGGCGAACUUUCCCCCCGGGGCGUACCCGCGCGCCCUGCCGCUGAAUCCCGACCUCGACAACGAGUCGGCGGCUGCCACGUGGCUGGAGGAAAACUUGUGCACAAGCUGGCACAUGCACGGCACGUGCCGGGUGGGGGAGGUCGUGGAAAAAGAGCACCGGGUGAAAGGCGUCGGCGGACUGGCACAGCGGCUGCUGCACCCCUAG